CAAGUUACAAGGCGAAAUAAACUGCACAGUACGCCUACUCGGUUUGAUUCACGUUUAUCUCCCUAGCGACACCCAUUGAUAGCUCACUCAAGAUGACAAAGGUACCAACGCAAGACCACCCACCCGCGGCGUACAGUGUCCAGGGAAAGGUCGCCAUUGUGACGGGCGCUGGAUCCGGCAUCAGCCAUGCCUUGACCAAAAUCCUACUGCAGCAGGGUUGCUCGGUCGUCAUGGCCGACCUCACUCUGCGACCGGAGGCAGAGCAGACACUAAAAGAGGCCGCCACCGUAUCUGGAGUCAAUGGAAGGGAGGCAGCCAUAUUCCAGAAGACCGACGUAUCAGACUGGGCGCAGCUUCAGGCGCUGUUCGACAAGACGCUCGAGACAUAUGGCACCGUCAACAUCGUGGUCAACGGCGCCGCCAUCUACGAGCCGCCCUCCAGCACGUUCUGGCACCCCCCGGGUGUGUCUCCUGCCGCGAAAGACAAGGUGGACUGCUCCCCGGGCGUGUACCAGACCUAUGCCACCAACGUCAUGGGGCCCAUUCGGCUGGCGCAGAUUGCCCUCAACUACUGGUUCUACCACCCCGACGAGGAGAUGAACUUUGACGGGAACUUGAUCUGGCUGUCGAGCGUCUGCGGAUAUGUCCAUCUGAUGCAGUCCCCCCUGUACUUCAGUAGCAAGGCGGCCAUGAACAGCAUGGUCAAGUGUCUGGCCCCGCUGCGGAGGAUGUUUGGCAUCCGCAACGCUGCUGUUUGCCCGGGACCGGUCAAGACGCCAAUCUUCGAUGCUGAUCACUGCAAGGGCCAGCUUCUGCCUACAGACAUCGGCCUUACCGCCGAACAAGCCGCCGAGCAAACAUUCAAAGUCAUGACCGAGCCACAGUUCGGCGAUGGGAAUAUUGUCGAGGUUGUGGCUGCCCCGGAAGAAUCGGCCGCAGAGCGCGUCACUGUGCGUGUGCGUGAGACUCCCCUCGAGGCACUCUACCCAGACCCUCCCCUGGAAGGCAACCACUUCAUGGAGGAAGAACAAAAGUUUAUUGAAAUGCUGAAGACGCUGGUCUAUGUCGGCUAGACCGGUAUUUUUGAUCUAGUGGUCACCAACGCUGCGAGACCUUGGUCAAGGCUGCGUGUCAGCAUACAGCGGCGGUUGGAUAGAAUACUAUCUAAUCUCUGGAUAAUCACUCAAUUGAGGAGCUGUCUUAUCAGCUGUGAUUCAAAGUAACUUCUUCAACAUAUCUAUAGAGACGUCUUGGUGCAUGCUUGGC